CCAAUCUCAUGGGUUUUUUGUUUUGCUUCAAUUUUGAAUCUUUUUAGUAUUAAUAGAAAUGAAGAUCAUUUCUAACAUUUUUUAUUGAGUGUUGUCCUAUUUGCGUUGUGCUGCCAUUUUUGUUUUUGUCCUUCUUCACUCAGUCUCUAUUCCUUAAUUAAGUGUAAUCAUGGAAUCAAAAGAAGAAACUCUUUAUCCAAAUAAUCAAAUUGCUCGUAAACUAGAUCCAGCUGAUGUCUGCAUCAACGAGGUUUUGUUUGAAAAUAUUCGAUUUGCUCAUCUGAACUUAGACCAAAGACUUCUCAAGGGUCUAGCCAGAUCUGGGUUCAAAAAAUUAUCGACUAUUCAAAAAGAAUCUGUUCCACUUGGAAGGAUCGGUGUUGACAUGGUUCUUCACGCUCGCUCAGGUACCGGUAAAACUUGUGCAUAUACUUUGAUCGCUUUGGACUCACUUCUGUCCAGUGAUAACACUCAAGUUUUAAUUGUUACCCCCACCCGAGAAAUUGCCUUGCAAGUGUCAGAGGUAGUUAAAACUAUUGGUACAUACAUCGAAAAUUUAAAAAUAGCUUUGGUAACCGGUGGAUUUAAAGUUCAACGAGAUAAGGACAGCCUGCAAAAUGCUCAAAUAGUUAUUGGUACACUUGGGAGAUUGAUUCAACUAAUAGAGUUCAAAUAUCUUCCAACUAGUUCGAUUCGUUUAUUAAUUCUCGACGAAGCUGAUAAAUUGUUCGAAGACCAGUUGCGAGAACAGCUUAGUGCGCUUCUUGCUCAUAUGCCAGAAGCAAGACAAACGAUCGCUGUCAGUGCCACUUUUCCGCCAAAUAUGAAAGUAUUCAUAGAAAAAUUCUUGAAAGAUCCUCAAAUUAUAAAAACAAAUGAAAACGUGCAAUUUCCUGCCAAAAAUGCGCAAUUCUAUGCCGUGGUUCCCGAUCGAAUGCAUCUUUCUCAUAAGAUAAAAUUGAUCAAAAAGUGGAUUGACAACCUGACUUUUGAUCAACUUAUUAUUUUUGUAAACACCAAAGAAAGCGGACAAAAAAUUGCUGAUGAUUUUCGUGAAAAGAAAAAAUAUCGUUGUAUGUAUCUAUUUGGUGACCUACCGCAAACAGAAAGAUUUGAUAUCUUCAAAAAGUUUCAUGGUUCAAAGUACAAUAUACUUGUAACUACUGAUCUUUUUAGUCGAGGAAUUGAUUGCCAUAAUGUCAACAUGGUUAUCAAUGUUGAUUUACCCAUUGACGAAGAGACUUUUUUACACAGAAUUGGAAGAGCUGGACGUUUUGGUAUGAGUUGUUUAACUCUCACUUUAGUGAAAAGUGGUCCUGAAGAAUUGAUUUACGAUGAAUUAUCAAAAUCUCUGAAUUUUGAAAAACACAAAAUGCCUGAGGAUUUGAAAACCAAUAAUCCAUGGGGAGUUUUAGAUGAACGCUAUCGAACUGUUGAGCUAACAGAUUGGCAAAAGCUUGAUAGAAUGAUAAACUCUCAUAGAUUCCGUCCACCGUGUCGAAGAAGGCGAGCCUGUCCAUCAUUUCACGAAAAGGAUUUACAUGCCCCUCUCCCCGAAUGUCACAUUGUAGAGAAGACACCUGAAGAGAGUGCUAAAGCAUUUGAAGAAGAAGAGAAAAAGAAGAUAGAAUUCAUUCGUAAACACGGUCGUCUACCUCGCGCUAAUUUCAUGAAAAGACUCGGCAUGCACUAUAGGAAAUACCCUGGACUUAUUAUUACCGUUGAAAAUAUGAACAGACCCGAAGAAUUCGAAGAAAUAAUAGAAAAGGCUAAGGGUAAACCUGUAGAGUUUUGGUCAUCAACAGACGAUUCUGAUGAGGAAAAAGUGGAAAAAAUGCCUGCUGGAGGAUGGCCAGGGUGCUGUGGAGGACAUAUAAUGCCUGGAACACCGCGAUGGUUCUCAUUGGAUGAGCAUGGCCAGCCAAUAAAACAUCAAGUUAGGACACAGAAGCUGAUUAAUAUUGAAGAUAAAGAAGUGAAACUUAAUGAAGUCGAAACUAUUCUCGCUAGUUUCAAUAAAAGUUCUCAAAGUCGAAAUUUUAUGAGAGUUUCUCGUCGACUUCUAUCGACUGUCAACACAAGCACCUUCAAGGCUGAAAAUCUUCGUGUAACUUUGUGUCCACCUGAUCAACGUAAACGUAAACCAACAGAUCCGAACUCAUUACAAUUUGGAAAAUUGUUUAGUGACCAUUUACUUUCAAUAAAGUGGACCCAGAAAAAUGGUUGGAACGACCCUGAAAUAAUACCUUUUCAAAAUUUCACCAUACACCCUGCCUCUAAAGCAAUUCAUUAUGCUCAAAGUAUAUUUGAAGGAAUGAAAGCAUUUCGUGGAGUCGAUGGCAAAAUUAGAUUGUUCAGACCAGAAGCAAAUAUGGCAAGGUUUCUUAGAAGCGCUGAAAGAGCCAGCCUAGCUUCAUUUGAUCCAGAUGAGCUUCUUAAAUGUUUGAAGAAAUUAAUUACUAUUGAAGCUGAUUGGGUCCCGAAUUGGGAAUUCACGUCACUAUAUAUCAGACCUACUUUUAUGGGGACAGAGCCCGCUCUUGGAGUCAACCCUUCGAUUGAGUCCCACUUGUACGUGAUUGUUAGUCCAGUAGGAUGUUAUUUUGGUACCAAAAUUGAACCAGUUUCCCUUUACGCAGAUCCACGUUGGGUUCGUGCUUGGCCAGGCGGAGCAGGAUCUUCUAAGUUAUCAGCCAAUUAUGCUCCUACUCUGUCCAUUCAGAAGAAAGCCGAAGAGAAAGGCUGUCAACAAGUUUUGUGGUUGUAUGGAGAAGAUCAUCAAAUCACCGAAGUUGGUGCUAUGAAUGUUUUCGUUUACCUAAUUAACGAACAAGGAGAAAAGGAAUUGGUUACGCCUCCAUUGAAUCAAGGUGUUAUUUUACCAGGAGUUACCAGAGACUCUGUCUUAGCAGUUACUAGAGAGUGGAAUCAAUUCAAAGUUAACGAAAGGAUCAUUACUAUGAAGGAAGUGUGCAAGGCUCACGAGGAAAAACGUCUAUUGGAAAUGUUCGGAGCAGGAACUGCUGCAGUUGUUUGCCCAAUAGGCCGAAUCAAUUUUAACAAUAAAGAUUAUCUUAUACCUUCCGAAAGUAAAGAAAAUAUAAGCCAUCGUUUGCUAACAACCCUGACCGACAUUCAAUAUGGUAAAACGGAGUACAAAAAUUGGACACAAAUAGUCUGUUGACGAUAAAUAGUUGUAACGCUUGCAAAUAAAAUUCCAGCAUUCCAGAAUUA